AUGGAUGUGACUCUUGAGGGUUUCGCUACAUGGAUGUUCCAAGGACUCACGUUUCUGCUUCCAUUUCUGAUCAUCAUGUACCUGCUAGAACUAAAUAACGCUUACACGCUGUAUAUGCUGUGGAAAACCCAGGAUUGUCCUUGGCAGGUGCCAGCACUUUCGCUUUUGUUCGUCAUCGUUGGUGUUGGCAACAUGGUUAUGGUUUCUAUAAUUGUGUUCAAGAAAAUGAAGGAGAGUGGGAAUUCACGUGUGAAGAAGAUUCUCCAACGAUAUCCCUCAAUAGCCAAGUUUCAGUAG